AUGCCUCUCUCCAACAAAAAGCAGAACGCCGCCGUGGCAGCAGAGCAGCAAAACCUCGCUGCCUCCGGCGCCGUAGGUGGAGCGCCCGGAGCCGCCGCAAACGCUAACCUCCCCGGCCCGGCUCCGUUCACUGCCGGUCCGCACCGGCACGACAUCAUGAACAAGCUCGAUCCCACUGUCGACAGCGGCACCGGCGGCAUGCAGGUCCUCACUUCAGGUGCUCACAGCAACACCGCCGCCGCCGGCUUCCCGGGCCAGCCUGCCGGACAGAUGCCCGCUGGCGGCGGCGUCAUGGGCAGCAACAACCCGUACGGCGCCCAGCACAACUCCCGCAUGGCGAAUGCGCUGGACCCUCGUGUCGAUUUCGCCCAGGGCCAAGCCGGAGGUGCAAACUACUACACAAAGGGCACAAACGUCGUCCCUGGAUCGGCCGCCCAGCCUCGCAAUGUUCCCGAGGGUACUUAUGGCCCUCACAGCUCGCGCAUGGCCAAUGCUGCGGAUCCACGAGUCGACUCUGAUGCAGACCGCCAUCGAGCGAGAGGAGUCGGUGGUGGAGUUGGUGCUGGCGGAGUUGGAGCCGGAGCACAGACAAACGCUAGGCCCAUCUACCCAGCUGGUGUAGCUGGACCAGCUCCCACGACAGCAGGACCUCAUCGACAUGACAUUCUGAACAAACUGGAUCCAGCCGUGGACAGUCGAUCUGCCACCAAUGUUGAUGCCACAGGUCGCAGACUUGUCUAA